UCCUGAUUUCAGCUUUGAUCUCGGCUGGUGAAUAAGAGCCUAAGUUAAGUUAAUUGCGUGUUUACUUACCAAGACUGUUGAUCAAUUCCAAUUGGAUUAAGAUUCAGAGGGAUAAUUAAGUCAAACCAGUGCGAUCAUAACCAACAUCUUACCGAUUAUUUAUUUGUAACAUUUAAGUGAACAUCAAAACUCAACCAGCCUCCAAUGAGAAGACCUAACUUGUUUUAAAAUUGUCAAAAAUUUAGUCUUUUAAAUGUGUAACGAGGUUAACUGUUUACAAUUAAUGUUGACUCAUUACAAAUGGAUGCGAUUAGCAGCAUCUUUGGAUAAGAAAUCAUUUGACAAUCUUUUUGUCUUCUAUUUAUCAUCUAGUUAACUGAUUAUCACUUUCUGGUGCCAAUCAAAUUUUCUCAAUUGUUACUUUUAACGGUGAAAAUUUUGAAGUGAUUUUUGCAGUUCAAUGUUGGUUCUCAAUCUACUGUACUUCUAUCAUUUAUUGUGACAUUUUCUUAAAAUAUGGUUGACAUACAGCCACUUAAAUGUUGUCCAUUUGAUUCCUCGCAUCGGCUUUACCUUUAAUUCACCAUGACAGAAGGAAUAAGUAAUCAAACAAUCAACAAGUUGGACUGUGGUCACGACCAAAGUGAACAUUUCUAUAUACACAAAUGUUUGAAGACAUUUUGUGACAAGUGCAAGCAAGAAAAUCACUCGUGUGUCUUGUGUAAAACUAAACUGAUUGAAGAUGAUUAUCUCAAAGCCAUUGACAGGAAAAGAUGCGAAGAUACUUCCGUUUGCAAUAGCCAGGCCAUUUUUCAUUGUCUCUGCGGUAAUAAAGAUUUUUGUGAGCUGCAUCUGAUUAAAUUUCACAAUUUAAUUGUACCAUCUAAGAGAUGCCGAGCUAUCGAUCUCGAAACUGAAGCUCAAUCAUGUUCAAAGUGUGAAAUGUUCAUUGCUAAAUUUGUGGACCAGACAACCAAUCAGUUAUUUUGUGCUACAUGUAAACAGGAUAAUCACUCAUCUAAUAUUGUGGCCAUUGAACUUGACAACAGCAACACCGACAAUUACAACAUCAACACCACAUUGAACAAUAAUAUUUGCACUCAUCGUGUUGAUAUUAGAAAUCAUUUGGAGUUAUUGAACACUAAACUUGAAGACUAUACGAAUGAGGUGGAAAAAGAAAAGAGCAAGUUCAAUGAAACCAUCGACGAAUUGCAAAAAGCAUUAGAGUCUUACUCGAAUGCUAAUAAGGUCAAAAUAGACAAUUUACGAAAUUCAGUGGACAAAGUUAAACAAUUUUUGAAUCUAUUGAAUCGCGAUGAUAAAUAUGGAAUAAGCAAUCUCAUUAAAUCUGAUCUGCUCAAUAAUAAACUUGCGGACUCGAAACUGAAGUUGUGGAUUGAAGAGAUCUUUCAGUCGUACAAUAUUCCUGAAUUAACAAAAUCGGGUGCUGAUUGGAGCGAGGAAAGUGAAAGUGAUCCUUGUGAACUGGUCCCAUGCCCACGGAAUCGUCCAAUCAUUGUCCAUUCUUUCCAGAUAAUCUACUUAAAUUGACUCACGACUUUAUUAAAGAUCAUCUUCGCCAUAAAAAUGAAUGUAAAUCUUUAUCCUGCUACUGUAAAUCAAACAAUCUCAUCUACAAUAUUCAAACAAAAUUUGUUAAAUUUAUGAAUCAAAAGCAAGUUUCUAAAACUAAUCUGGAUUAUUUUCUCGACUGUUCGUCCAUUGAUGGUGGUUAUGUUACUUUAUUGAUAGAAACUGGUAAACGAGCUCUGAGUAAGUCUACGGAUCUACCAAGUGCUCAAAUUUGUUUUGAAGAAGCUCAUCGAAUCGAUCCAACCAAUUGGUUUGUUCUCGACACUUUAAUGGGUAUUUGUUUCGUGCUUAAUGAUCACAAUAAAUGCCUACAACUCGCAAUCAAAGGAUUAAUGAAGGAUGGCAAUUACUUUAAAGCUCGUGUAUUAAUAUCAGAGAUGUUGGAACGUUUUCCAUCCAUAGGAAUAGAAUUACCUGUCGAGUUAGAGUAUCUGCACUAUUGGAAUUCUUCAGUUGAUAUUAAAAGGAAGAAAAAACUUAUGGGUGACCUCGAGAAUUUGAAGAAGCUCAACAAUAUAGAAAAGGAAUCGGAAAAAGCACAAGAAAAUGUUUUAAAAUCUCUAUGUUUAGAUCUCGAUGCUGUCACACUUUCAUCGUUACAAUCUUUGAUUUCUGCCAUAAUACAUGUUAACAAUGAGAUGGCAAAACAUAAAGUUAAUUUAAGUAAAUUAAUAACAUUGAAAGUCUCUGCCAAUCCAGCACCUUACGUCGUCCCUGCCAUUGGAUAUAAAUUCUCCAAAGAAAAAUCAAACAAUUGUAAUAAGCGAAAGACACGAGGAUCAAGUCCUGAUUCAUCUGCGAAACGAAGAUCAGUUCGAGAUAAAAAGGCAGUAGAUGCAACAGUCGACAAUAUGUACAAAAAGAUUUUCUUCAUGUUCCCCGAAAGUGUUUUAACUCGUGAAAUAGUCCAAGAAGACGACGAGUUAGAGAUGAAAACACAUAACGAAGAUCAAGUGGAGGAUCUAAUUCUUACUCGUUUCCUCUCGAAACAAAAGCCGUUUGUCUCAAAAGGAAAACAAAUUUACAAUAUUGUUGGAGAUCUUUUAUGUGAAAUUGGUGAUCAAGCAACUUUAAUCAAAUUACCUUCUAAUUUUAUGGAACUGUACCGAAUUCAUCAAAAAUGGUAUCCAUUACCAUCGCCGUUAACGUGUUCUAAGCAUCAUACUAUGACAGUGGAAAAGGCGAAAUUCAUUUUGACAGCAAAUGAAGUUGAUUUUAAAGAAUCCGAAGCAAUAUUUUUAACUGAAUCAAUUCCAUAUUUACGAGAUUCAUUCAAUCCCAAUGAAUAUAAUGCCUUCUUCAUUCGUCUUUUGAUUCUUCGAGGGAUCAAAGAAUCUAAAGUUGAUUAUCUUCUAAUGGCAAAUGAAAUGUUUACAAAACUAACCUCAAAUUAG